CUCUGAUCUUUUGAUAGUUGCGGUUAUACAGCAGGAUGUCUGUUUACGUUUUGUAUUAUACUUUUAUCAUUUUUAAAUGGUUUUGAAAGUUUUCGAUCAAGCUUAUCAUGGUUUCCGAUCACGAUGUCCAGUCCACAGAUACACUGGACACUUCCCAUGCGUCAUCCAUUCAGUCCGAUUAUUCGCAAAAGAACGGCCUCACGUCGCCUAACUGCGAAAAGGAGCCCAAAUAUUUAGGUAAAGUAUCACACACGGAUGAAAUUGUCGUUUUUAUGUAAAAAAAAAAUACAUUAUGAUCGCUUUCAAGGAUGUUUCUGCGAUGUGAAGUUCAUUCCGUGCUCGGCGGUUAAUUCGACUCUCAGUCCAACACAAUUGACGAAUAGUCAAUGCCCUUGUCAACAAGAUCAAAAAAACUCGUAAGGUUUAUAAUUAUAAUAAUUGAUUAUCAGACACUUUUAAAUAAAAAUUAACAUUGAGGCUAAUUCACUGCGAAAAGAAAUAAUCCUUCUGUCCACAAGCAUAUCGAGAAGAAAUCGUUGCAAAGUAAUCCCAAAUCACCUCGAUUAUCAAAAAUCGAAAAGCCAGAAAAGGUCUGAUAUUGACUUAAUUUUUACAUUUUUAUUGUUACAUCUCCGAUUGAACAUUUUAUUUUUAAAUAAAAGAAUCGGGACAGCGUGAGCGUCAAGAUUCGGGAUAGUGUAAAUAAUAAGAAUCGGGACAGUCUAAACAACAAGAAUCGGGAUAGUAUGAACACCAAAAAUCGAGACAGUAUGGGUAGCAAAAAUCGGGACAACACGAAGAGCAAAAUACCAGAUGAACCAUUCAAAGUUCAGGUUGACGCGCCGAACAACGAAGAGGCGGAAAAAGUGGAAAUUUACUACUUCGAUCACGGAAAUUCUGCGUAGGCGCGAUAUCUUGCAUUUUCUUUCCUCGACUCACUAUCUGUGUAAAAUCAAUUUCCUGCACUAUAUAGCUAUUAUCACACGACCGACAUGCCACCGGUGCUCAACACCGAUAAGUACGCCGACAAAGGAAGCGCCGCCGCGACCAAAUUCUGGGCCCGAAUAUUCGGCCUGCUUCACAUCGGCACGUCCUUCGUGAUCGCCUUCGUUCUGCAGCUGCUCCGUUUCGUCCUCUUCAGUCUCGUUCGUCCGCUCACGAUCGGCGUGAUACAGCUGCUGUCGGACUACUUUCUCAAGCCUCUGCUCACCAUCAUAUUCAACGGCUUUCUGCAGCCGUUUUUGAUACUCUUUUACAACAUCGCCACCUCGUUUCGCGACUGCUGCGAGCCUCUGGCAGCCGCCGUAGGUUUCUACAUCAAAGAGCUCGCCGUGCUGUUCAGGGCUUGUCGAUUGGUCGAGGUGAAUCAAUACCCGUCGAGCUGCAACACGUGAUUAUCGACGUCGAAGUUAAGCGGGUAUAAACAUCGACAUACGUGAAAUGAAAACGCAAUUCAGAGCUGUGAUUCAACACCAGGUAUAUAUUUGUUUGCUUUUUAUCUUUUCUCCUUAUAACUUUACAAUAUUUAUUAUCAUUUUUUCUUUCUCUGCG